AAGUGCUCGCCCAGUGGUAGACUAGAUCUAGAUCUCUAUAUAAAGACAGGCGAGGGCAGGCUAGGAACGAACAGUCUGAGAAGGCAACUGAGAACAGCAACUAAGUCAGAAAUAAUUGUAAACUUUUUUUUUUCUAUACGUGAGCUGAACAUUUACUGCUACAAUGAGUUGCAAUAUCGGAGUCGCUAAACUGAGGAGAGUUGGCAUCUCUUGUUUGCAAGAUGGUUUGAAAAACUUAUACAAUGUUCACAUAAAGGUGAUUUGCAAAGAGAAGCCUUUCAAGUCCAGCACAGAGUUGCCAGCUUUCACUAUUGCCAAUGCAGAAGACAUUCUGCCAAAAGUAAAAGAAAGAUUAGAAUACAUCUUUCAAGACAUCAAUGACGAGCACGCUGCCAAGUUUGCUGAGUUUGCGCAGAACAUAGUGAAAGCCACUAGCGCCAAGUGCGUUCUUUGUAACCUGACUAAGUUCUACGAGGAAAGUUGGUCAGUAAUCAAAGAGUGGCAAGUGGACGAUGAACUCUUUGUUGGCGUCAUACCAAAAAAUGCCAAAAACAGCUACUUUUCAGUGGACAGUGAUGAACUGACCAAGAAAACUUUCAUCAUGUGGGACAAGGAAACUCUUGGGGAUGAGCUUAUCAUGGCUGUCUCCCGAACACUGAGACGCUUAAGAGAUGAACGUAGACAGCCUACACCAGAAGAGUACCUGGCUCAGCACAUUGCGUACUGCGAAAUCCAAAGUGGCAAGUGGGCAAGGCAAGAAACUGCAAGGUGUCUUGGAACCCCAGGCUUCAGACCCCACACCCAGACGUAUAUGUCUUUAACUGACCCAGGUGAGGGUCACAUGAUGGGAACCACUAGGUUUGCGGAAUGGAUGGAGGGUGCCAUAGUCCAUGUCGAGCAUUUAGAACGCCCCAGGCAUCUAAACAGAGAACACAUUGAGUCUUAUAGAGUGCCCUCAGUUCUGGACUUCUCUAGAGUGCGUCUCCAUGUGGGACCAUCUGCUCCAACGACUUAUUUUCUUGGAAGACCAGUUAAAGAUUCUGGAAAUUUCGAAGAAGAUUUUCUCAAAAUAGUCAACAUUACAGCCGCAGCUGCCUCCGCCGCGUUUUUUAUGGGUGCAGCAGAAGUGAAAAUAGCCAUGGAGCGAUUGUCCACUUCCCAGGCAUUGAAGUAUAUGCGCGCACUGCGAGCUCAAGUACAGAGAUCCAGAAAACAGUUUCUCUCUGCUGCCUGGAACUUAAACCAGGAAUUGGUGAAUGACUAUGAAGUUGAGGAAAUAGAGGUCUUAUCAAAGCGAAAAGAUAUUGCCAUUAAAGCUGUCAUGAUUACUUCCCUUGGUGGGUUUGAUAAGAUAACUUGGGACGGUGCCAGUGAUACCUACCCUUCCAAGUGCAUCAUGUAUCAGCUUUCUUUUGAAGAUGCUUUGACCAUUGUCCAUGAAGCACAUCUCAAAGGUCUGGUUACAUACUUCUCAGCCGGGUUUAAGUUUGAUGAGAUCCAACAUGCAGUCUAUGCUGGAGUAGAUGGCAUUGGCAUCGGGGGAGCCCAAGUUCUUCGAUUUAUGGACAGCGAAACAGGUAUGCAUGGCCCUUACACAGAAGAAAACAUCCCUAUCAUUCUAGCAAGGAGGGAUGAGGCUGCCAAUUCCAUCAGGGGUCGUGGAGUCAAUCUUCUUGUCCGACUAGACACCAUGUACUAUGAAGGCUGCAUCACUAGGCAUCUUGAAUAUCUACGCCGAAGCCUCUACAAAGCUCUGCUCAAGAUUGACGAAGCUGCCAUUUCUGAGCUGAUCGCGCAGUUGUCUGACGUGGAUAAUCUCCCACGAGAAAACAAUGAACCAUUCCUGCAUCGCGCCAAGAGAAUUGUAGAUGCCGAAAACCCUUUGCUGAAGGACUUUUGUUCUCAAGAAGAGUGGGACAGUUUCAUAUCCACACUGCGUCCAUUGAUUGUGGCUCGAGACGAGAAAGCUCUUGUGGAAGAGUACGAUAGUGAUCCAUGGCUGUCCAUCCGUCACAGAUAUCGACUCAACCAAUGUCCAAGGGAUUCCAAGAUAUGUUAUGUCAGGCAAACAUCUUUCAAUAUUCCAUAUAAAUGUUAGUUUGGUUGAUAUUUAAAAAAAAUAUAUGUUUCUUUGUGUUGUAUGUAAGCAAUUUAUUUCUCUAUAUUUUAUGUUGACUACUGUUCCAAACUAUUCCGUGUAAAUAGACGUUAUUUAUGUGUACAUUAAGAGUACAUCUAUAAACUCGUUUUCUAGGAACAAUUAUGAACAAUUAUGUUUAUGUUUGAAAUGUUUAAAGCAAAAGCAAUAUGGGUAAAAAUAACAUUACAAACAUAUUCUUUCCUAUUAUAUAAAUCUAAUCCAAUACAGAUUUAAAUGUUUAAGUUUGACACUGGUGACAUUUUGUUACUGACGUCAAUACUCUUCCUUUUUUUUUUUUUACACUGGUUUAUAAGCCGAAUGAAAUUUGAAUGUGAAUCUAAUACACAUCAUGUUAUUAUACUUAAAGCCAAUUUGUUUUCAAGCUGGAGAGUGUUGAUUCUAUAAACGGAAGAGAUUGCUUUUGAGAAUGAACUUCUGGUUCUUGUGUACAUGUGAAAGUUAUUAGAAUUGUGUACCAGUUGUUAAAUUUGUGUACAAGUUAUUAGAAUUGUGUACAAGUUAUUAGAAUUAUUAGAAUUGUGUGUGAGUUAUUAGAAUUGUGUACAAGCUAUUAGUUGCAAUGCAGUAGCUCAUUUUUACACUUUACCAAAAUGCAGUCAACUGAAAUGAAUAGUUUAAACAGUUAUUCUUUUGAGCUGAAAAGUCACAUUCAAGUCAGGAUCACAGACAGCGAUUUGUGUUUCUUUGCCAGUAGUGAGAUGUAAUUAACAUGUUUAGUAACCUAGUUACUCGUAACCUGAUCUACACUCAUACAGCAUUGUGUAAGUAUAGUUACUUUUAAAUAAUCAGGAAAUGGGAAUACCAUUGUAAUGGUGUAAGUAAUUACUAUUUAAUAGAAGUAUUUGCAAGAUUAAAGUGUAGUUGAUAAUUAUGGUUGACAUGUUUUUGUAUAAUUUUAAAAAUAGUUGAACAUAUUUUUGUAUAUUUGUUAUAUUUUUUUAAACUGUGAUUAAAUUCCUAUAGAAUGUA